AUGUUUGUAGGAGAGGACGAGGACGAGGACGAGGACGAGUAUGACGAGGAGGACGAGGAGUACGAGGAUGAGUGGGACGAGGAGAGUGAGGAGACUGGCGUUCAGUCGAUCCAAGGGCUCAAGACGACCUACAUGAUCCUGGAGGAAGGAAGCGGGAGGAGGGUCAAGAGAGGGAGCCAGGUGCUGGUGCAUGCGCAAGGGUUCCUACGAGACUCUCUCAAGCACUUCUGGCACACGCGCGACCCGGGACAGAAGCCGUUUCGGUUCAGCGCGGGAGGAGGGCGGGUGAUAAGAGGAUGGGACGAGCAGGGAUGCAUCGGAAUGCUGCAAGGGGAGAAACGAAGACUUUGGAUCCCGUCGGAGGAGGCGUACAAGAGCGCGGGCUUCCCAGCAUGGGGAAUACCUCCCAACAGCAACCUUAUCUUUGAGAUCGAGGUCUUAGAAAUUCUACAAUAG